AUGGGAUUCUAUGGGGAGACUACNAAAAAGAACGGAUUGUCCAAAGGUGCUCGAGCCGGUGUCAUAGCCGCUGUAGUCAUCGUCUGCGGCAUCAUCUUCCUCUCUAUUGGAUACUUCCUGUGGCGUAACCGCAAGCUCAAACUCACCAAGGAACUAGCAGAAGCGCAGGAAGGAGUACCGCAAUGGCCAACAAAAUGGCCCACGCGAGCAAAGCCCACUACAACCUCUACACAACCAAGAAAUGGCCAUGGUGAGCCAGUAGAGCUAGCACCACCAGCAUACGAUAUUGCUCAACCAUUACCGACGUACGAGGCACCGAGACCAAAUCAGGCCGCAUCAGAAUCUUACGAGUUGGCGAACAUGUCACAUGGACAACGACCCGCACACCAGGAAGUGUAG